AUGCCACCCCCUCCAAUCCACUGCCGCCAAGAAUCUAACACCACCUACUCCCGCCCCUCUAUCCUCCCAGGGAACGGCAACUACAACACAACAGCAACCCACACAUUCAACGCAAACCCAAACACUAUAUACACCCCCAAUUACAACUACAACGCCUCAACCCCUUCUAUGUCCGCUGCUAAAUCGCGGCAAUAUGCUCACCUCCAUUCCCAGCUCGCACAGCUCAACGCCAACCUCGCCGACACGGAGAACCUACUCCGCAUGACCGCCGUGCAGGCAGGGGACAUGCGCUUCCUAGGCGGGUAUUCUGCGGCGCUUUUUAUGGCGUCUGCGAAAAUCCUGGGAGAGGAAGGGGUCAAGGGAAAUGCGGACAAGGAGAAGAAGGCUGGUUCCGAAGAGGGGGGAAUCAAGAGGGAGGAGAGUGAUGAGGAUUGA